AUGAAUUCAGGUCCAAUUAAUUAUGCAAGAACCAUGAAACCAGUUGUUCCAACUUAUUAUCCAUCUGAAAUCCGUUAACAAUCAGUUGGUAAAGAAAAUAGAGCACCUAUGAAACAUAAUUCAUGUAGUUAAAUUAGAUUUGUAAAUGUAAUAUAUCUGAAAAUAAUAAACAAGAAUUUACCUUCUGCUAAAACAUAGGAUAGUUUUGAUUCAUAGAAACCUUAUGAAUAAAUCUUUGAUAAAUUAAAAUUAUAAGUAAUCUAAUUGCAAUAUGAAUAAAAUACAUUAAACGAACAAUUUCAAAUUUAAAUAAAAUCUUUAAAUGAUCGAAUGAAUUGUAAUGAAUAGAGUGUAAAAUAAUUAUAUGAUUCUGGAAUUGGAUAAUUAAAUAAUGAUGUUUAAAUGAAAGAUAAAAUUAAACAAUUAGAAUUGAAAAUGGGAGAAAUACAAUUAUUAAUAAUAAAUUAAGAAUAGAAAGCACAAAUUUAAACAUAAUCUUUGAUGGAAAAAUUAAAAAAGAAUAUAUUAGAAACUACAAAUAAGACAGAAAUUAAAAUAUAGAAUUAAUUAGAUAAAAUUACAGAAAUUAUUUAAGGCAUACAAAAAUAAUCAAUUACUACACCUAUAAGUUAAGAUAUAAAGAGAUUUUAAUAAUUUAAUGAAGAAGUUUCAUCUUAUCUUAGUUAAACAAUAUCAUCAAAUAAUAUUAAUAUAGUAGAAUAAAUAGUUGCAGAAAUUAAACCAGAACUUAAUCCAAUUAACACUACAAGUCCAUUAAAAUAAUAAAUUAAUAAUAAAUGUAAAUUAAUUAUAAUAUAUGAUAGAUAUAUGCCAAAUGUCUGCUAUAUCAGAAAAGACUCUUGAUGAUUCAAGAAGUGAUUAUUAAUAGAUUUAAUAAUAUGAAUUGGAUAGUUAAGGAUAUCUAAUAUCAAAUGGUGCUUAUGUCUUAGAUUAAAAUGGUUAAAGAUAUUAAUUAAGUUUAGAGUAAAUCAAUUAUCUAAAAUCAAUUAAUGUAAUUGAAGAAAUAAAUUCAUGA